AAGACUCCUGGCCACACUCGCAUGUGAAUUCCGACCCUCGCAAGAACUGCUGAGGAGACAAAGCCGUCGUCAUGGAGUUUGUGAUGAAGCAGGCCCUGGGAGGGGCCACCAAAGACAUGGGGAAGAUGCUCGGGGGCGACGAGGAGAAGGACCCUGACGCCGCCAAGAAGGAGGAGGAACGGCAGGAGGCGCUGCGGCAGGAGGAGGAGGAGCGCAAGGCCAAGUAUGCCAAGAUGGAGGCAGAGCGCGAGGCCAUGCGGCAGGGCAUCCGCGACAAGUACGGCAUCAAGAAGAAGGAGGAGCGCGAGGCUGAGGCCCAGGCCGCCAUGGAGGCCAACUCGGAGGGCAGCCUGACGCGGCCCAAGAAGGCCAUCCCGCCGGGCUGCGGGGAUGAGCCGGAGGAGGAGGACGAGAGCAUCCUGGACACGGUCAUCAAGUAUCUGCCCGGGCCGCUGCAGGACAUGUUCAAGAAGUAAUGCCCGGCGCUGGACGGCAGCCCGCCAAGCCCGGAGCCCCCACCCCCGACCGUCCCCUUCGCGCACCCCUGGACAUGCCCUCCGCGGAGGCCCGCGGAGGCCCCCGAAGGGAUGUCGGGAGCAGAGUGCAGCCCCACAACGCCAAUAUAAGCCAUAGCCCUGUCUAUCAGCCCCACGCCCCCUCACGCCUUGGGAGCCUCCGCCCCCCUCCCCCUCCCUGCACUGCCAUCGCCACCGCCACCGGGGGAGGGGCGCCCUCCCCCUCCCCAGGGGCCCCUGCGGUCCGUGCUGGAGGCCCCGGGAACAAGUCCACGUGCUCCUCUGGCCGCGGGUGGGUUGGACCCGCCCCCAGAUCCUGGGUCGCCCCUUCCUCCCGCCCUUCGCCGCUCACCCAGCAGCACCCGUGGCCAGGGCCACGGAAAGGGCCAGGCCCUCGACCACCCCUCCGUGCGUCGUCCCUGCGUUGGUGGGCGCUGGUCCAGGCCCAAACUCAGGAGCAGAGCCAUACUGGGGGGAGGCGGUCGUGCAGGCAGUGAUGGGGGCUGGGAGGGGCAGCUGGUGCCCGGGGCCCUCCUGCGGCAGGGGUGGGAAGC